UGGGUCGUUUCUAGAUUGUCAUAUUUUAGUUGUAUUACAACUGGGGAUAAAUCCAACCUGGAGGCGUCUUAGUUCUGUUUUAAGGUUUUUGUUCAAAUAAUGUGGGUGAAGUUGUGACCAUAUGAAUCUUCUUUUCUCUUUAAAAAAAAAAAUUCCCAAAUUCAAUGUUAACCAGACUGAUACUCUAGUAUUGGAUGUGACCAUGGCCACUUUUACUGAGGUCUUUAGCAUUAAGAAAGCAUCCCUCUCCUCCACCCGUCAGGAACUUGUCCAAAAUUGACCGGGCGGCUUUGAAGAAGUAUCUCUCCGCUAUCACAACCCGUGGGAACUCAAAUGGAAAUCUAAGUUCAUUUCAAGGCAUUCGAAAUGGGGAAAGACUAUUAUGGCAUUUUGGGAAUUGAAAAAGGAGCUUCAGAAGAAGAUAUUAAGAAGGCUUACCGAAAACAAGCCCUCAGAUUUCACCCAGACAAGAACAAAUCACCUCAAGCAGAGGAAAAAUUUAAAGAGGUCGCAGAAGCUUAUGAAGUAUUGAGUGAUCCUAAAAAGAGAGAAAUAUAUGAUCAGUUUGGGGAAGAAGGACUGAAAGGAGGAGCAGGAGGUACUGAUGGACAAGGUGGUACCUUCCGGUACACCUUUCAUGGUGAUCCUCAUGCCACAUUUGCAGCAUUUUUUGGAGGUUCCAACCCCUUUGACAUUUUCUUUGGAAGGCGAAUGGCUGGUGGUCGAGAUCCUGAAGAUAUGGAAGUAGAUGGGGACCCUUUUAGUGCCUUUGGAUUCAGCAUGAAUGGAUAUCCAAGGGACAGGAAUUCUGUGGGACCAUCUCGCCUUAAACAAGACCCUCCCAUUAUUCAUGAACUUCGAGUGUCGCUUGAAGAAAUAUAUAGUGGUUGCACAAAACGGAUGAAGAUUUCUCGUAAAAGGUUAAAUCCUGAUGGAAGGAGUUACAGAUCUGAGGACAAAAUUCUUACCAUUGAGAUUAAAAAAGGAUGGAAAGAAGGCACCAAAAUUACUUUUCCAAGAGAAGGAGAUGAAACACCAAAUAGUAUUCCAGCAGACAUUGUUUUUAUCAUUAAAGAUAAAGAUCAUCCAAAAUUUAAAAGGGAUGGUUCAAAUAUAAUUUAUAAUGCCAAAAUCAGUUUACGAGAGGCAUUGUGUGGCUGCUCAAUUGAUGUACCAACCAUGGAUGGAAGAACCAUACCUAUGUCAUUAAAUGAUAUUGUGAAACCUGGAAUGAGAAGAAGAAUUAUUGGAUAUGGGCUACCAUUUCCAAAAAAUCCUGACCAACGUGGUGAUCUUUUAAUAGAAUUUGAAGUGUCUUUCCCCGAUACCAUAACCUCAUCAUCCAAAGAAAUACUUAGGAAACAUCUUCCUGCUUCAUAGACCGAAGAACUUUGUUAUCCAUAUUUCGUCAAGGCACUGAAAAUAUAAAAGGACUGGCAGUUUACUGAUGUUCAUGUGAAUUCUGUAUAAAGAUGUGGACAUUCUUUUGAGGGCUCAUUAAAUUGCAUGAAUAGAGAGCUGGGUCUCAUAAAUAGGCAAAAGGGAUUUUUACAGAUAAAAAUUAAGAGGAAAACCACUCACUAUAUAUUAUUUCACUGUUCCCAAAUUAGAAAUUUUUAGCAUUUUGCUUACAUGUACAAGUUAACUUGUUUUUGUGGAACCAGCAUCUAUACUUCCACAUAUAUUUUAAUAAAGUACUGGGCUAUCCAAGUACUUUAUUUCUUAGAUGUUUAUCAGUAUGAUAUAUUCCCAUUUAUUAUGGAACUUAUAAUCCUUAACCUAUACAUAUGAUACAUAUUUUACGAGAAGAUUAAAAAUUUAACUAGAUUUAAAUCACCUUUUAAAAUGCUGCUAAAGGGCUGGUACCCAUUAAAGAAUAUCUUGAUGCAUAUGUUUAACCAUUUUUAUUUUUAAAGUAUGCUGUAGUAUUUCUUAAUAACAUAGUUGUGACAUUCAUAAUGUAGACCUUUUCUUCAUAAAAGGAAAUUAAUGGAAAUGUAUCUCCUAUGGAAAUCCCAUUGCCUGAAUUACUGAUAUUUUAGAAAUAAGCAAGCUCUUUUUAAAAUACCAUAUUUAAUUUCAUGCAAGUUGACUAUAUAUCUAGGACUGAAUAAAUUAGGUUCAUUUUACUG